UGUCCUGCGGCCGGGGCGGGUCCUGCCGCCCCCGCGGGCUCCGGUGCGUCAGGGGCGCGUCAGGCGGGGCGGGCUCCGCGCGGGCGGCGGCGGCGGCGGCGGCGGCGGGUGGCGGGCGGCGCGCACCGGGCCUCCUGCUUCUCGCUCCGAGGCUGCGGGACGGACGCUCCCGAGAACUCUCUCGCCCGCGGCCGGCCGCGCUCGGACGGCGCGCGCCGGCGGCCCGGCGGUGCCAGCAUGUCGGCUGCCGUGGCGUGCCUGGACUACUUCGCCGCCGAGUGCUUGGUGUCCAUGUCCGCGGGUGCCGUGGUUCACCGCCGCCUGCCGGACCCCGAGGGCGCGGGCGGAGCGGCAAGCUCGGAGGUGGGUGCGGCGCCGCCGGAGUCCGCUCUGCCGGGUCCGGGGCCACCGGGGCCCGUGUCUGUCCCCCCGUUCCCCCAGGUCCCCGCCCCCAGCCCCGGCGCGGGCGGCGCCGCGCCCCACCUGCUGGCUGCAAGCGUCUUGGCUGACUUGCGCGGCGGCUCUGGGGGGUGCUUUGGAGAGUACUCGGGGGAAGCUCUGCGCGCCUCGUCCGGUUCCUCCGACCCGACCCCGUGCUCCGGCCCGACCCUGUGCUCCAAGCCGACCCCGGCCACCAGCGCGGCCGAGGUCUCCGGACCCGUGCACUCCUCCGGCGCGCUCGCGGUCUCUGGCGCGCCAGCCAUCCCGGGAGUGCCUGCCCACCCUGGCGCGGUCUCUGGCGUGGCCCCUGGGGCGGGCCCCGCCCCCGCCACGGGUCCAGGCCCCCGUCGGAGGCCUGUCACACCUGCUGCCAAGCGCCAUCGCUGCCCCUUCCCGGGCUGCAACAAAGCUUAUUACAAGUCAUCGCAUCUGAAGUCCCACCAGCGCACCCACACGGGUGAGCGCCCUUUCUCCUGCGACUGGCUCGACUGCGACAAGAAGUUCACGCGCUCCGACGAGCUGGCCCGCCACUACAGGACGCACACGGGCGAGAAGCGCUUCUCCUGCCCCCUCUGCCCCAAGCAGUUCUCCCGGAGCGACCACCUGACCAAGCAUGCCCGCCGCCACCCAGCCUAUCAUCCCGACAUGAUCGAGUACCGGGGGCGCCGUCGCACUCCCCGCGUCGACUCCCAACCCGCCAACCUGGUGGACAGCUCCGGCUCCGGCUCCGUCCCCGGGCAGGUGCCCAGCUUCACCACCUGCUUGUCUGACAGUCAUUGCUGUUAGUUGUCCCCUCAAGGACGAUCUCCCAGGCCAUUGUCCUUGCUUUCUCUCUGCCCAUCCCUCUUUCCCAGAGUGAUUAGACCAAGGCACAGACUGGCUUCUCCGCUCUGAGGGUGGGUCCAGGCAGGCACGUUGGACUCUGGGGAGGGACUGGGGGCCCGAAAAUAGCAGGAAUCCUUACAACACGUAUAUCAUCCAAAAAAGGGGGGGUUGCCUCAAGACAGCCCCCAGGAACUGAUAAGAAGGGAUGAACCCCGGUACUCUCCAGAGUCCUGAAGAGUCUCCCUUCCAUGGGAACCAGAGAUGUGAAACUGGAAUUCUCAGGUGCCUGAGGAGCUCUCAGUCUCAAAGGACUCUAGUGUCUUACCCACCCACCAGGGCGGACCUUGGAGAGGGUGUCAGGGGUGGCAGUCUUGGAAAUGUCCAGGACUGGGAUGGUGAGAGGCCUUUGGAAACAGAAAUGAUUUCUAUUUCUGUAAACAGCAAUGUUUACUAAUGUAUUUUUAGUGUAUUUUAAACAGGGAUCCCAGGUUGAUAGGAGGUUGAUAUCCCCCACUCCCCAACUGCCCCAGCUACCUCUGCUAGGAGAGGCCAUGUAAGAGUCCAUGUGGAUGUAUAGCUGGGAGAUGCUUCUUGGUGUCUGGGGGGUGGUGUGAGCCUGUUUGCAGGUCCUGUUGCAAGGAUUGGAACCCUGCACUUGUGUCGUAGCUUUUCUUCUAAUUUGAAGUGCUACUUGGGGAAGUAACUUCCUGGCUCACUCGCAAUGAGAUUGGUUUAAAAAUUUGGAAACAAUCAUAAACGCACCAGAAAUAAAAGGGUGAUCCAGGCUAGUUCCCACUUCACCAAGAGGGCAAACCCAAGCGACGGUGGGUGAGAUAGGUCCAAACCAAGACCUUUCAGAACCAUUGUUAACGUUCAGGGAAAUAGGGGUUUUUGGUCCCAGCUGGCCACACUCCCAAGUAACCUCAGGUGUGGUAGAUUCUGUUCAUUUCUUAGUGGCUAGCUAGGGGGUUAUUUCCCUUGGGGUCUGUGCAUUUUUGUUUCUGCAACAGGUGAGUUGGUGGUUUGGGGAGCGGAAGGUGGGAGUGGCUUCUUUCAAACAGCUAGCUGUUCUGGAUUUGGGGAAGGGACAGCAAGGUGAAAGUUACUGUCAAAUAGGAGGACCCUUCUCCCCUGACCUUGGAGGCCCUCCAAGUUACAUCCUCAGGACCCCUCCGCCCCAGUGCAGGAAUUGAGCAUCACCAGUAUUUAUUUUUCUCUGUGUUUCUGCUGCUAUGGAUGAAAUUGUCGGCCACUCUGCUUAUGUAUGUGUGAAUGUGUAUACAUGUGACCCUUUCAUUAGAGAUGGGGCUGAAAGGCAUUUCCUGCUCCGGUAAAGUCCUCUUUAGCCCCCUCCUGAAUAUCUUGUCAUAGUCCAUCAAUCACAUUUGUGGAGGAUGCCAUACUCUCAAAGGACCAUAAUAGGCAUCUAGUUAAACAAGCCUCUUUCCCCUGUUUUGCAGAUGAAGGUACUGAAGGCUAGGUAAGCUCCAAGUCACAUGCUGAGUUGCUGGCAAAAGCCAUGACUAGAACUUAGUUAUCUGGCCUUCUGAGUGACUCUUUCCCUCAUGCUUAGUUACCCCAUCUGGGCCCUUAGUCAAAGGGCACCACUCUCCUUUACUGCCACCAGGAUCCCCUCCUUCCCUAUUCCCUAUCAUUUCUACGUUCCUUCAUCUGUCUAGUCCCCGCUGAACCCUUUGCCUGUUGUGUUUAAUCCAAAAGCCCUUUUCUUAGCAGGUUGAGUCCAUUCCCUCCUUCCACACCAUGUGGACUUAAAGUGGGAAUGCCUCUUUAGCAUCUUGGGAGAGACUUUAUCUUUUGAUCUGGUAGAUUAAUUUUCAAUGCCAGUUUCUAGUCCUGGGCACUCUAGCUUCCUUGAGAGAGUAAGUGAUAUGAACACUGGGACUCUACUAAGUGCUCCUACACUAAGUGAAGGAAGGGUAUUUAGGAAGGACCCAAAGGGUAUGAAGAGGUUCAGUGUUUCCUGAUGAGGACUAAGCAGGGUAGGUGGAGCUUUCCUUGAGUUACGUGUGGGAAUAGGAGGCCUGCAAUUGUGAAGGUGGGUUUUGGUGGUGGAAAGAGUCCUCCCUUUGCUCGGUUUGUCUCCUCAGCUGGGACUUGAUAGGAAGGGCACUCUGGGGCCCCCUUGAGGAGUGAUUUCCCUUUUGUCCCCUUCAGUAGAAGAUCUACCAUUGGGUAGGUGGACCAAUGAAGCUAACAGGAGAGAGACUCCCACUUACCAUUCUGGAGUUGGGCUCGAGAAAGCGUGACUUUUCCAAUCA